ACGUGACGGCGCCGUCCAAUCGCGCGCCGGCGUGUCUCCUCGUUACAAGCCCACAGUCGCGGCGUGAGGGGCCAAGUUGCUACUAGAUUUCCCAACAUUUUGUGAGGCUGGUGUGUGUGUGUGUGUUUGUUUGUGGCCCGAGUGCGUGUGUGUUUUUUAUUCGGCUGCGUGCAUGUGAGAGUAGCCGCUCUUUGCCAUGUCGACAUCCGGAGCGGUGAGCAGCUACUAUGUGGACUCCCUCAUUCUGCCGGAGAGCGAGGAGCUCUCGGUGCCGAGGUUCCAGUCCGGCUCUGGCUUCCAGCCGCCACGCCAGCCUCCGUCCGUCAACGAGCACAGCGACUGCACAUUCCCGUCCAAAGCGCCUGUAUUCGGCGCGUCGUGGAGCCACGUCCCGACGCAGUUCCCCACCGUGUACCACCACCACCACCACUAUGGGCACCCACAAGGCCCACUCGAGACUGAGAGCCGCUACCAGUCGUGGAUGCUGGAGCCCAUGUCCGGUGCUCUGCCGAUGACCGGAUUACCGUCUCACUACGGAAUCAAACCCGAGGGUUUCGGUGGGAGAGCCGACGUUUCGCACACCACGCUGCUGCUUUCCGACUACACCAAUGUGGCAUCGCCCUCCUUGGAUAAAGACCCACUAUCCGGGGCAGCAGUGGACCUGAACGAGGAGGCGGAGGAAAAACCAGCACUGGAUCCGAAUAACCCAGUGUCCAACUGGCUCCACGCGAGUGCCACGAGGAAAAAACGCUGUCCGUACACCAAACACCAGAUCCUGGAGCUGGAGAAGGAGUUCCUCUUUAACACGUACCUGACCCGGGACCGGCGCUACGAGGUGGCCCGGCUGCUCAACCUCACGGAGAGACAGGUCAAGAUCUGGUUCCAGAACCGCAGGAUGAAGAUGAAGAAGUUUAACAAAGAGGGCGCGUCAAAGGACGAGUGACCGUGAGCCUUUCGAAUCUGUCUAACGGUUUGUAUAAAAAAAAAAAACGCAUGUUCGGGCGACCACCAGUUUGACGCGACUACCUUCCUCUUGCACACUUCUAGCAGUGCCCAUUUUAUUUUGAAUUAAUACCUCCUUAAUGUCGUCCUUUGUUUUAUGGAUAGGUGUGUGUUUGUAGCUUUAUUUGUCGUCUAUUCCGAAAGUCAUCAUAGUUUGUUUAAAGAAAAAGAAGAAAAAAAGAACCAAUAAUGUUGUUUAUUCCCUGUUGGUAGAACUUUGACUGAUUUACUGCUCGCAUCUUCUGGAGAUUAAAAAAAAAUCUUCCAUUUAUAAUCCACGACACGAGUGACUACCUAGAUGUCCAUCAACUACCUACAAGUACAUAUAACCUGUUCCACUUAGAGUAGCGAUGAUAGUCUGGAUUAUCAGGGAGAUUCUGUUCGUUUUCGACAGUAGGUGUUUGUUACUAAUUUGAGUUAACCCUGUAGGCUGCUUAUGGAAUACCUCACGGCCCGCUGGUCGAAUUCACAAAUGUAAUUUGUACUUUAUUUAUUAAAUAA